UCAAAUGCAAUCGAAAGCUUCGAAAUAUAUUGAUAAUGAUUUUGACAAGAAUCAAGUUGGACUGGGAUAGGAGAUAGUGAUUGUUAGAUUACAUUUAUAAUCGCUAUGAUAUAACAUUCAUUCAUUUAAUCAAAUGUCCCCGUACAUGUCCACUACAGUGUUAGUGACAUGUGCUUAAAUUAGCAAGUAAUAUUAAAAUUAUAAUAAAUGCUAAUAAUUUAUGUAACCUUCAUCGAAAGGACGAGUUGAAAUAGUUACUUGCAAUGGAAAGUGAACGGAAAAAUGUAGUUCGUGUUGGUUCGAGAAAAAGCGAGUUAGCGCUUAUUCAAACUAACUUUGUGAUAGACAGCUUAAAGAAAAUCUAUCCAGAAAAAGAAUUCACCAUAGUUUCGAUGACAACAUUGGGUGACAGAGUGUUAGAUAUCUCGUUACCAAAAAUAGGUGAAAAAUCGUUAUUCACUAAAGACCUAGAGGAAGCCUUAAGGAACAACACUGUCGAUUUUGUUGUGCAUUCGUUAAAAGACUUGCCAACUACCUUACCAGAGGGUCUUGCUAUUGGCGCUGUGUUUGAAAGAGAAGAUCCGCGAGAUGCUCUCGUACUAAGAGAAGACAUCAAAGAAGCGACACUCAGUGCAUUGCCGGCUGGAUCUAUCAUAGGAACAUCAUCUUUACGUCGAACAGCACAGCUUAGAGGGAGUUAUCCCGAACUGUCGGUGCAAGAUGUGAGAGGAAACCUUAAUACAAGAUUGAAGAAAUUAGACAGCGGAGCAUAUUCUGCAUUACUGCUAGCGACUGCCGGUUUAGAAAGAAUGGGCUGGGAAAAACGAAUCACCAAGAUUCUUCCGUGUUCUGAGAUGAUGUAUGCUGUAGGUCAAGGUGCCCUUGCAGUGGAAUGCCGGUCGGAUAAUGCUGAAAUUUUAACAUUAUUAUCCCCGUUCAAUCAUGUAGAGACAUAUUGUAGAGUAUUGGCCGAGAGGAGCUUCUUGAAAACAUUGGGUGGUGGUUGCAGUGCACCAGUCGGUGUGUCAACAAAGUUAAAAGCUUUGGAUUCCGAUUGGAAACUAAGUAUAACAGGCGGAGUAUGGAGUUUGGAUGGAAAAACAAAAGUAACGGACACAUUGGAAAAGACAUUUACACAAAUUAAAAAGUCACAAAAACACAAACUAAGUCCUACUGAAGAUAAUAUGAACAAAAAAAUUAAAAUUGAUGAUAAUAACGACAAUAUUACGCAUCCACUAGCUGAAUUAGACAAUAUAAUAGAAAAGAACAACGGAAAUUUAAAUUGUGAGGAAUCAUCCAAGGAGAUAACAUGCAGGCUAUUCUGCGGUCUGAUUGAAAAUAAAAAUAUACCAGUAGACGUGAUUAUGAAAUGUGAAGAUCUUGGCAAAGAAUUAGCUAAUAAUUUAAUAACAAACGGUGCUUUAGAUGUUAUGAAAGUAACACAGGAUCUUAUAAGGAAUUCGAUAAAAAGUUCAUGAUAUAUAAUAAAAUUGUAUAUACUAUUGUAUAUAUCCUGGCGGUUCUGCGUAUUUAUUAUGCAAAUUAUGUAUUGUUUUCGUUGCAAAUUAAAUAUUUCUAAUAAAUCUUUUUUAAGAAAUCUGUUAUGACUUAUGACUGUGUUCUACUUCGAAACGGGACCUUAUAUUUAAUUUAUUGUUGAGUACUUACCGGGUUAUACAAUUAUUAUGGUACUUAUUGUUGUAUUGGGUUUUAUGUUAAAUAAAUUGGCUCAUGACAAA